AUGGUUGCGGGAUCAACAAAAAGGCAUCAAGAUCAAGAAGAAGAAGAAGAAGAAGAAUGUGCUUCCACAAAGCGUCAAAGACUAGACGAUGACAGUAGCCCAAGCGAAGAAGAUGAUUUAGAGGAAAUUUUGACAACCAACACAACUCCUAGUCUUAUUGAACAUAAUGAUAUCGCUUUACCCAUUGAUGAAGAAGACGGUUUUGUAGAGGGUUCAAUCGUAAAGAUCACACUCACUAAUUUUGUCACGUAUGAUUAUUGUGAAGUGUUUCCUGACCCUCAAAUGAAUAUGAUCAUUGGCCCCAACGGUACAGGAAAGUCUACCAUUGUCUGCGCUAUCGCUUUAGGUCUUGGUGGUACACCUGCAUUACUUGGAAGAGCUAAAAACAUUCAAGAAUUUGUGAAGACAGGUCAAGAUGAAGCAACGAUCUCUAUCGAAUUGAAAAAAGUCAAUGAUCGAAAUAUUGUCAUUCAAAGAAGCUUUAAGAAAUCAAGCAACUCAACUGUUUGGAAAGUGAAUGGUAAAAGCACGACAUACAAGGAAGUCUUGAAUAUUGUUCAUAGCUUGAAUAUUCAAGUAGACAAUUUAUGUCAAUUUUUGCCUCAGGAUCGUGUUGCAGAGUUUGCUGAAUUGACACCUCCUCAGCUGCUCGAAAAGACUCAAGAAGCCGUAGGCGAAAAGCAGCUCUAUGAAAUGCAGCAAAAAUUGAUUGAUUUAAGAAAGAAACAAAAGGCAUUGCAACAUAUGCUUAAAUCCGAUAUAGACCAUCUUGCUACACUGAAUGCCAGAAACGAGGAUUUAAGAAGAGAUGUUGAUCGUAUGAAGCAGAAACAAAAGAUUUUAAACGAAGUAGAGCUCUUGAAAGCACAAGAGCCGUUGAUUAAAUAUUCUGAAGUAAAUAAGCAACUUGAAGAGCUGAAGAGGCAGGUAGAGGAACAAAAGGCGACUGUUAGAAAAGUGAAUGCAGAAUAUGCACCACUUCAAGAACUGUUAAAGGAACAUGAAAAUGAACUAAAGAAAAUAAUAGCCAAAAAUGCUGAUGAGGCAAAGGAUUGCAAUGGAUAUGCGCAAGAGUUAAAGGAUCUGCUUGUUAAAAUCAAGACUAUUAAAGAUGGAAUUGAUGCUAGAAAAGCAGAUAUUAAAGCUAUCGAAAAGAGAAUUCCGGAAAAGGAGCAGAAAGUGAGAAGCAUGACAAAUAGAAUCAAUGAACUCGAAGAGACGCUUAAGGAGCCUCCUAGUAAUGAUACCUCAGAGAUAGAAGCCAAUAUUACGAGCAUUAAUAGAGAAAUAUCCGAACAGAGAGAUAAAAGCGAUGAAGUACAAAGUGAAGCUAGAGAGUUGGCAAUAAAGAAGAGACAAGAGAACAGACAGAUUGAAAAUAAAAAUCAAAGGCUUAAUGACAUGAAAAACACACUCAACAUUCGCUUACAACACUUGCAACAAUACCAUCCGGAUACUUUCAAGGCCUACAACUGGCUCAAGGAGCAUCGUCAGGAAUUCAAGGGCAGAGUUUAUAAUCCAAUUUUGUUAGAGCUCAACUUGAAGGACUCUCGAUAUGCAUCACAUAUCGAACGUAUCCUGGGUGGCUUCCGUAGCAACAUGCUCAGAACGAUUGUUUUUGAAAACGAAGAAGAUUAUAUAAAGUUUACAAGGUUCGCUGCUGAUGAACAAAAGUGGCGUAUAACGGCUGCUUUGCCAGAAGAAUUGAGUGAUGAUCUUUUGAAUAAGCCUACAACGACAGAAGAGCUCCGUGAAAAAUUCAAGUUUGAACACUAUAUGGUUGACCUUAUCCAAGCGCCCAAGUACUUACUAAAGUAUAUUUGCCUUGAAACUAAAAUGAAUAUGAUACCCGUAUCUCUCAAACCAACGGAUGAAAGACACAUUGCCAACAGUGGAAUCUUUCAAAAGUUCACAGCCGCUCAAAGUUAUUACAAUGUCAGACCCAAUAGGUAUAGACAUGGAACGUAUCAAACGGAAGUCAACCAUUUACCACCAGCCAGAGUGUUGAAUGAUUCAGUGGAUAACGAAGAAAGAAGGAACUUGAUUGAGUCUAUUCGUACUCAUCAGGCCAACAUGCAACAAUGCGAACAAGAUUUGAAAGAGUUGAACAAGAAAAAGGAUACUAUUGAUCAGGCCAUUCGGGAGCUAGAAUUCAAAAAAUCAGACUUACAGUCUCAAAAGAGAGAUAUCCAUAUCGCUGCUCAGCAAUAUGAAGCAAGAAAGCGACGAUUGCGUCAACUUGUCGAAGAAAGAGAUCAACUAAAGAAUGAGCCCGAGGAAGAUCGAGUGAAGAUGGACCGAUGUAAGGAAGUGAUUCAAGAAUUGAUUGAAGAGGAAGCAGGAUAUUUGAGCAAUUAUACAAACAUUGCAGAAAAGAUGGUUGAAGCCUAUCGAGCAUGCAGCCGUUGUAAACUGGAAUCUAUAGAGGCAACGGCCAAAUAUGACGCGCUCAAAUCGUACAUUAGAAAUCAAGCGUCUGCUCUAGAAGAGGCUCAAAAGACAUUAUCAAGCUAUAAGCGAGAACAUGAUGUGUUGGCUAAUCGUGUAAAGACAUUGAUGGGAGCGGUUAGGACUGCUGGUAAGGAACUUCCUGACGAGUUGAGAGAGGAAUUCACGGCGAUUGUGAAGCACUGGAAAGAGAAUGGUCCGACUUACACCGUGGAAGAACUGGGAUUGAAGAUUAGAGAAAAGGAAGGUGAAGCAUCAGCUAUCCGUUUUGCCAAUCCUGAUGCGAUGAGACACUACGAGGAGAGAAUGAAGAAGAUCAACCAAUUGCAAAGAACGAUUGACGUACGCAAGCGUGACUUGGAAGAAAUCGACACUAAAAUUACUGAGUUACGUGAGCAGUGGGAACCCCGAAUUGAUGGUUUGAUUAAGCGUAUUAGCGAAAAGUUCUCUGAAGCGUUCCAGCGUAUUGGAUGUGCAGGUGAAGUAGGAAUUGACAAGCAAGAAGACUUUGACAAGUGGGGAGUGCAGAUUCGAGUCAAGUUUAGAAAUACGGAAAAGCUCCAGAUAUUGACUGGACAACGACAGUCAGGUGGUGAACGAUCUGUGUCGACCAUUCUUUAUUUGAUGUCACUCCAGAGUUUGGCCAAGACACCUUUCCGAGUUGUAGAUGAAAUCAAUCAAGGUAUGGACCCUCGAAAUGAAAGAUUGAUCCAUCAGCAAAUUGUCGAAGGAGCCAGUCGUUCGGGUACGUCACAGUACUUUUUGAUCACACCCAAGUUACUUCCAGACCUUUACUAUAAUGAGCAAAUGCGUGUUUUAUGUAUCUAUAAUGGAGAAUGGGUACCUAGCAAGAUCAGUCCAUUAGAGAAAUACUUGGCCCAUGCUCGUGCACACCCGGAAGUAGUUUAAACCCAACUGUAUGCAAUGUAUAUAUAUAUUUUUGUCCAUGUGUUGUAUAUAUUUUUAUAAUAACU